AAUAAAUCCAUAUAAAAUAUGACUUCUUUUCACGACCCUUUUAAAAGCAGAAGUUUUGGGAUAACUAAGUUCUCUGACGAGAAGAAAGAGAAAGUGGCAAAUCUUACCUUAGACAAAAGGUAUUAUCCUACUACACAAGAAGGCGACUUUGAUGAAUGGGCAGCGAUUACUCGCCAGCAAGACGAGAUGUUUGGUGUUAAGAGAAGGAUUGAGCUGAAGAAAAAGAGAGUGCAGCAAGAGCAUUUUAGAAAUCAAUAUUUUGAAGAUCAAGUAAAGAAAGGACUAAAUAGAAGCUUAAAUGAGUCUAUCAAAACUAAUGAUAAUUACCAAUUGAUAACCAAUCAGAGGAAGAACAUGAAGAUAAAUGCCCAUGCAAGAAAAGAAUCUCGCAACUUUAUGAAGAACUUAGCAAAUGAGUAUAAAGAUAUAGUCUCAAUUAAGCGCUCCAACACUCUCAGAGAGAAACAGAUUGCAAAAGAGGAGGAAAAUAGGAACCUGGAUAGGAGCUACAAACUUCAUCUUAGCAACCAGUUUAACAAUGCCAAACACCUAUCAAAUGCUUAUAAUGACCUCACAUCAGACUGGAGACAGAGACAAGAUCGCAAAGAGGCUGCGAAGAAAAUGGAGACUAUUGGCUCAAAGAAACAGUUUAUUCAAGAUGUUCAAACUUACAACAAUAGUAUGGCUAAAAGAGACCAGGAUUAUAUCGAAAAAUUCAAGCGUAUCGACAAUGGCAUCAAAAGAAAUAUGGGUAACUACACCAAAAAUAUCCUUGGAGAAAGACAGACUAAAAGUCUUACCAAGAUUUCAUCCAAGUUAAAUGAAGUCAAAAAUAUGGAUAAGUUAGAAACUUAUAAGGAUAUCUUAGACUUCCAGUGCCAGUUGAAUAACAAACUCAAGAAAUAACGCUGGAAUGACAAAGGAAGAGAAGAGGAUCAAUAAGCAGCACCUCAGAGAUUUCAAAGGAUACAAGCAUUCAAACUUCUCAAUGAUGCCUGGGCUCCAUGCCGAUAACCAAUUAACGAGCUUUGCUAAUGCUCAUACAAAAUCUAACCUAAGUUUUGAUCAUUCUACAGAUAAGAUCAGAAAUCUUGGAUUUGAAGACUCUCCUGAGAGAAUCAACAGAGCUCACUCCCUAAAAAGAAAAAGCUUUGCAGCUUUUGGAAAGCCUAUAAAUAAUGGUGUGUUUAUCCAUGAUUAUCAGUACUCAAAUCCUGAUUUUAACAAAGUAUCUUCUGCUUCAAGGAACACUAAAGAAGGCCAAGUAUUCAGAAAGGCAGGGCAAAGUUCGAUCAGAAGUAAUUCUUCAGAUAUUUUGAGAUAA